GUGGCUAUCAGUGUACGGAGUCGAUGACGCGCGAGAACUUUGUUGACGAUGCAUCAGCGCAGCUCGUCGGACGAAGAAGAUAGCCCUAAGCCAUGAUCGUUUGUUUUUGCCGUGGUGCGCCAAAUUCGCUGAUCUCGAGUCGCUUCUGAUAACUAUAACAAUCAUAUUAUCAUCAUCAUAUACCCGGUUACGCGGACUCUGUGGUGUUUACUAUUGAGUGUUAUACCGUGGCUUGGCCAAGGGUGUUCCGCGUAUGCGUGCACGAUAAAAUAAAGUAAUUACAAGUAGAAUUAGUCACUGGUGGUGCGCGACAAUAAAUCGUAGACGCGCGAAAGCUCAAGUGGAGCUUUUGCUGAAGAAACCACUGCUCCUGCUUACCUGGUUAUCAAAGUGUGGUCCAAGUGCCACCACCACGACGGGGUAAAUCGGCGCAAGCAGCAGAUAGACAGCUGCAGUUAUGGGCGACGGAUCGGCGUUCACGUGAUAGAAGCCGCUCGUAGAGGCGAGGGUGGGAGAGAAGGCUGGACCGUUUCUCUACAUCUCUCGUUUCGGGGGAGUGCGCGAUUGGGGGUGGCUGCUGAUUGUUGACGCUUGCCAAUAAUAAUAACGAAUGAUGAUGAUGAUAAGCACACUCGCGUCAGUGAUGGAGGGAACAGCAACCAUCAACACAAGAAGAAACAGUGGCACAAGGGAGACAAGAUGCAGUUGGUGGCGUUGGUGGUGGCGGCAACGGCGGCUGGAAGUCCCGGUGCUGGUGAUGCUGCUGCUCGUACUGGUGGACCAGGACGAGGCAGGAGUCGCGGCGGUGACGGCGGUAGCGGGUGGUGGCCCGUGUCACUGGUCAGCCGAAAUCAACGAGACACGCGCGGCCUACUGCACACUCCGUACCCUCGAUCCUCCCAGCUUGGUAGAUCUGUCGGCCUCGCUCGAGGGUGCCCUCAAGCUUCGGCUGGGCUGCAGUAGCGCGCAUCAUUUCGAGAGCACGAUCAGCGCCGAGAGUUGGCAACGAUUGACCGGCCUGCACGAUCUUGUACUAGAGGACUGUCUUCUUUCGAUCAAGAAGGACAGCUUCCGACCGCUCGGUGAACUGAAGCGGCUUGCUGUGCGCACUUUGAACAUCGAGUGGUCGGUGUCCCGGAGUUUGGAGCUCGAGCCCGAGGCCUUUACGGGUCUGCGGGAGCUCCAGGCGCUGGAAAUUUCUAGCAACCUGCGCUCCCUGCCGGCUGGUCUGCUUUGCGGCCUGGGCAAUCUUCAAGUGCUCAAUCUUACCGGAAACCAGUUUAGCAACGUCAGUGAUUUCGGGUUUUCCACCGUCGCGGCAGCAGCAUCCUCGGUCGUUCCCCAGGAGUGCCAUCCAGACAUACGGGUGCUCGAUCUCUCGCGCAACGAAUUGACCUCCCUACCGGAAGACAAUUCUUUGUCGGCUUUUAGGGGACUGAGUGAUCUAUUUUUACAGCACAACGGCCUGACUGAUAUUCAUUCCGAUUCGUUGACGGGCCUGGCGAGCUUAAGAAUAUUAAACGCCAGUUACAAUAGUCUUUCCAGCCUGCCGCAGGCCUUGUUCGCGGGGACUCGCGACUUGAGAGAGAUCCACUUUCAGUACAACAGUUUGACCACGAUACCUCGUGGCACUUUCACUCGGCUCGAACAGUUGCUCGUGCUGAAUCUGUCCGGCAAUCGAUUGAAAAGCGACUCCGUCAACGACACGACCUUCAACGGCCUCAUCCGAUUAAUAGUCCUCGAUCUGUCUUUCAACGAGCUGACCCACAUAAGCGAGUUUAUGUUCAAGGAUUUGUUUUUCCUGCAAAUUUUGGAUCUCCGGAACAACUCCAUCGGUCACAUCGAGCCCCACGCCUUCCGGCCUCUCUACAACCUGCACACCCUGGAACUCUCCGACAACAGGCUGCACGCCAUAGGGCCCCAACUCUUUAACGGGCUCUUCGUCCUCAAUCGGCUCACUUUAUCGGGCAACAUGAUAUCCAGCCUGAAGAUCGCGCCUCUGGCGUUCCGCAACUGCUCCGAUCUCAAGGAGUUGGAUCUCAGCAGCAAUCAACUGACGAGCGUGCCCGAGGCCCUGCGCAACCUCAACUUCCUCAAGACCCUGGACCUCGGCGAGAACCGCAUAACCGAAUUCCAUAACGGCUCGUUCGCGAAUCUCCAUCAGCUCACCGGGCUGCGUUUGAUCGGCAACGAGAUCGGCAAUCUGACGCGCGGCAUGCUCUGGGACCUGCCGAACCUGCAAAUCCUCAAUUUGGCACGGAACAAGAUCCAGCACGUCGAACGCGACACGUUCGAGCGCAACACGCGACUGGAGGCCAUUAGGCUCGAUGGUAAUUUUCUCUCGGACAUAAACGGCGUGUUUGCCGGCAUCACGAGUCUGCUGCUGCUCAAUCUAUCCGAAAAUCACAUAGAGUGGUUCGACUACGCCUUCAUACCGAGCAACCUCAAGUGGCUCGACAUUCACGGCAAUUUCAUCGAGAAGCUCGGCAAUUACUACAUGAUCCGGGAUCAAAAAGUGCGCACCUUGGACGCGAGCCACAAUCGGAUCACCGAACUGACUCCUCUCUCGGUGCCCGACAGCGUCGAGCUGCUGUUCAUCAACAACAACUACAUAAGCACCGUGAGGCCCAACACCUUCGUCGGAAAGACCAACUUGACGCGCGUCGACAUGUACGCCAACAUGAUCGAGACCAUGGAGUUGGCCGCCCUUCGGCUGAGCAGUCCAUCGGGACCAUCGUCGUCGUUGUCUCCUGGUAGCGACGCUGAGGAAGCCAUCAAGCAACCCCUGCCCGAGUUCUACUUGGGUGGCAAUCCCUUCAACUGCAACUGCUCGAUGGACUGGCUGCCGGUGAUAAACAACAUGAGCGCGCAACAGCGCCAGCAUCCACGGGUCAUGGACCUCGAGAACGCAAUGUGCCGCAUCACCGGUCCCCGGGGCACCGCCGUGGUGCCGGCCAGCUCGGCCCGGCCCGAGCAGUUCCUCUGCCGUUAUGAGGCCCACUGCUUCGCCCUCUGCCACUGCUGCGACUUUGACGCCUGCGACUGCGAGAUGACCUGUCCCUCGGACUGCAAGUGCUACCACGAUCAGACCUGGAACACCAACGUUGUGGACUGCUCGGGCCUGGGCAGCCGGGACAUACCGAGGCGGAUACCGAUGGACGCGACCGAGGUCUACCUCGACGGGAACGAUCUGCGCGAGUUGCAGAACCACGUGUUCAUCGGUCGCAAGAACAUGCGCGUGCUCUACGUCAACGCCUCGGGCAUCGAGUCGAUUCAGAAUCGGACGUUCAACGGCCUGAACAACCUUCAAGUGCUGCACCUCGAGGACAACCGUAUUCAAGAAUUGCGGGGCUUCGAGUUUGAGCACUUGGCCCAUCUGCGCGAGCUCUACCUUCAAAACAACGUCAUCAGCUUUAUCGGCAAUUUGACGCUGUUGCCCUUGCGCUCGCUCGAGGUGCUCAAGCUGCACGGCAAUCGGCUCGUCACCUUUCCCGUCUGGCAGGUCGGGCUCAACGCCCGCCUGACCGAGUUGUCCCUCGGCUCGAAUCUCUGGUCCUGCCGGUGCAAGUUCCUCCAGGAGUUGACUGCCUGGAUGUCGGAGAACGCGCACAAGGUGGUGGAUGCCACCGAUGUCUGGUGUUACAACAACGAGGUCCGACCGGCCUAUCGGCGCAAGUUAGACGUCAACGAGACCGCCUGCUCGGACUACUUUGCCCAGGGUGGCUCCGGUGGGGUCAUCGAGAGCCUCGUCUCGGACUACCUGCCGACCCUCGCGGCUACUCUCUCCGUCGUACUGCUGCUACUCGUGCUCGGCGUCAUGGGCUUCAUAUUCCGCGAGCCGGUGCGCACCUGGGCCUACUCGCGCUACGGGGUACGCUUCCUUGCCAAGGCGCAGGCGCCCGAGGACAAGGAGCGCCUCUACGACGGCUACGUGUGCUACAGUCCCAAGGACGAGGACUUUGUCCUCCACAGUCUGGCCGCCGAGCUCGAGCACGGGGUCGAGGGCCUGAGGCUCUGCCUUCACCACCGAGACUUGCCCUGCCUGCGUGCAGCCGCCCCCGUGGUGCUCGAAGCCGCCGAGGCCUCGCGGCGCGUCCUCGUCGUACUAACGCGCAACUUCAUGCAGACCGAGUGGGCGCGCUUCGAGUUCCGGGCGGCCAUGCACGAGGCGUUGCGAGGCCGGCCGGGCCAAUUGGUCGUCAUCCAAGUCGGCCCGGUCAGCCACGAGCUCGAGACGGACCUCGAGCUCAGGCCCUACCUCCACACGGCCGUCAUCCUGCGCUGGGGCGAGCGUAAGUUCUGGGAGCGGCUGAGGUACGCCCUACCACCGGGUGACGCGCUCGGGCGCAAGACAUCAUCGCUCUACCGGCGCAACGUCAACACGUACACCCUCGAGGGUAGGCCAGAGAAGCCGGUGCCGUCUCCUGCUCACCACCACCACCACCACCAACAGCAGCAGCAGCAGCAGCAGCACCUCCACCACCACCAUCACCAUCUGCAUCAUCAUCAUCCGCACCUUCAUCAUCAGCAGCAGCAGCAGCAGCACCACCACCCGCUCUUCAAAGACUCGACGGGGACAGCGGUGACUGCCGAACUGAUGCAGGCACCACCUGCUUACUCGAGCACGGCCAUCCUCGGGCACCAGCAACCGCAGGGCGGUGUUACCGUGGCGGGUGGCAAUAACAACGGCUCGCAAGCAGGCAACGGGAGCUCGAGUCCGGGCCAGUCGACGAGCCCGAGUCCACGGCUGACGAUGAACAGGGCCUACCAGGAUAAUCCAGGUGCCGAUGGGCUCAACGACGCCACCAGGAGGCCGCUGUCCGAGCACAUCUACUCCUCCAUUGACUCGGACUACUCGACCCUCGAGCGGCAGACGCACGCCUGGAGGCAACAGCACACACAGCAGUCGAAGCCACAGUCGGGCCAGGCCUACCUGGUCUAAGGGCUCUCUGCGAUUACGGCAACUGUUUUUGUUGUUGUUGUUGUUGUUGUUGUUGUGAUGGACUCAAGAGAGAAAAAUCACGCUCGAUAUUUAGUGCGCGCGCGUGGAGCGAUGCCUAUGUGUGUGUGUGUACGUGUUGUUACUGUUGGUUCGCGUUUCUACGAUAUGCCUAUAUAUACUACCGUGUAUACUAAGGGGCACCGCGAUACUCGCCAAUUCUUUCGCGGUACACCUACCUAUCACUUAUCUUGCCUCAUUUUCUCUAUACGCGCUACAAGAGUGUUGUUGCUCGAAUAUAUUGUUUUUUUUUUUUCUUCGUCCUACGUUGCGAUGCUACACUGUGUAUAUAUAUAAAUUAUAUAGUCGCCGAUCGGAUAAUGAUUGUAAAGCAUUUUUCAGCUUUUCUUUUUUUUCUUUUUGUUUUCUUUUUUUUUUUUUUUUUUUGUGUUCGAACGAGUUGAAGUGCGCUGUUCCGCGAAAAGACGAUAAACACGAAAGACGAAAAAAUCCUUCGAAAGUGAUGCUGUCACUUUUUACAUCGACACGACUAAAGGUGUUGCGUAGCAGAAGAAACGAAUAAAUAAAUGAAACAAGACUUGAAUCAAAAAAAGAGUGAGUGCGCUGAAAUUCCUUGACGCGACGUCGCUGUUGAGCGGUGAUUGAGAAGAAUAAGUGAAAUAAGUGAGAUUUAUUUUUUUGUCCUCGCGGUUCGUUUGUCUUUCAUCUGCGGAUCAGUCGAUGGCCCACCUCGCUGAACUAUAUACUUGUGCAACUGCCAUGAGACGUAAAAAAGCUGAACAAAUUCUUGUGAAGAUGUUUUGUGUGUUCGUGUAAAUAUGCUUUGGCUCGCAAAAUUAAUAACGUUAAGAAGAAAAGAAAAGAAAAAAAAAGAAAAAAAAAAGGGAAAUUCUACGUGUUUGCUUUAAUAGAAUGCAUCGCGCGAAUGACGGUGUUGCCUCGACCACGGUGACCGAUUUCGUGUAUAAUAAGCGCUGGUUGUAUAUUAUACUUAAAGAAAAGAAAGAUGGAAAAAACAAAAAAAAAAAAAAA